UUGUAGGUAGUACAAGAACUGAAAAAUAAUUUUUGGUUGCCAGUAUACCUGUAGUCGUUGCACUGAUCAGUCGAUAGUUUUGUGAUAAAUUAUUUCUCAAGUGAAUUAAAUUAUUAACCAUGGGACGUGAUUCUAGAAAGGUUUCAAGAGAACUUCGGAGUUCUGAAAAAAUUAAUAAGUCGCGUUCAGUCAAAAGAAAGAAUGUUUUUAAUCCGAAAACAGCCGAACGUGAUGAAAGUAUUCAGAGUACAUCUUCUAAAAAAUUAAAACAAAACACUGAAGAUGAUGUACCUGAAGACAGCAGUACUGAAUUUCGAAUAAUAAAUUUUAUUCAGGUAUUCACUGCAAUUUCUGCUCUUAUAAAAUGUAAAAAAUGUGAUGGAAAUGUAGUGUUUCAAACAGCAAGUACACGUGGGCUGGGAUUCAAAAUUGUAGUUGCAUGUAAUAACUGUGGAAAUGAAUAUAUUCCUUCCUGUUCUUUCGUUGGGCAUUCUUAUGAAAUAAACAGACGUUUCAUUUUUGUAAUGAGAAUACUAGGAAUAGGAUACGAAGGAUUGUGCAAGUUUUGCGGCCUGAUGGACAUGCCGUCUUUUUUAGAUAAAUCUACGCAUACAAUUUUACUGAAACAGAUUUUGAAUUGUAGUAAAGCCGUCGCAGAAACCUUCAUGACGAAAGCUGUGAAUGAAGAAAAGCAAGCAAUGCCAACAACUGAAAAUGAAGAUAUAAAUCAUCUAACUGUAUCGGGAGAUGGAACCUGGCAAAAACGGGGAUAUACAUCGUCAUUUGGAGUUUCUUCUAUAAUUGGCUAUUUUACUGGAAAGAUUCUUGACAUAAACAUUAAAAGUGCAUAUUGUAAGCUAUGUGAGUAUUGGAAAAAAAAAACAAAUACUGUUGAGUUCGAGGAAUGGUAUCAAUCGCAUGAAGAUGUGUGUUCUGCUAAUCAUCAAGGGUCUUCUGGGAAAAUGGAGGUGGAUGCGAUGGUCGAAAUGUUUUCGUAUUCUGAAACUAAAUAUGGAGUUAAGUAUGCCAACUAUAUUGGUGAUGGUGACUCCAAGACCUAUUCAGGAAUUAUAAAAUCAGAUCCUUACGAAAAUACAACUGUAAAUAAAAAGGAAUGUAUAGGGCAUGUCCAAAAGCGGAUGGGGAGUCGAUUACGUACGCUGAAGAGUAAACAAAAAGGUCUUGGUGGUCGAGGUAAGCUCACAGGAAAAUUAAUAGACAAACUAACUGUGUACUAUGGUUUAGCAAUACGCCGGCAUUGUGAUUCUAUUGAAAAUAUGAAAUCUGCUAUAAUGGCAACCUUUUAUCACUACGGCUCGAGUGAUGAAAAACCGAAUCAUGAUAUGUGUCCAAAAGGCGAAGAAUCUUGGUGCUCUUACCAGCGCGCUGAAGCAAGAGGAGAGCUUGAUACCUUUUCUCACGAUUAUUCUCCUUUACCUUCUGAUGUUUUAAAAGCUAUCAAGCCUAUAUACGAAGAUCUUAGUAAUGAAAAUUUACUUUCAAGAUGUGUAGGUGGAUUCAAUCAGAAUAAUAAUGAAAGCUUUAACCAACUAGUAUGGAAAAUAUGUCCAAAAACGGUAAAUACUAGUUUUACUAUCGUACAAAUAGCUGCAUACGUUGCUAUGUGUAUAUUUAAUGAGGGUAUAAAUUCAUUAUUAGUCUUGAUGAAUACACUAGGACUUAAUUGUGGGCCUAAUUCUCAUCGGUAUGCAGAAAGAAUGGAUGCUGCACGUAUCAAAGUAGCAGAUAAGCGCGCUAAUGAUAACACCCGAGAAGGUCGAUUGCAACGUAGGCACCAGCAAAUCGAUAUUUUGGAAGCUGCUAUGUCGGCUGAAGAGCUAUUAUAUGGUCCAGGAAUAGAUGACUCAGUAUGAAUCUCCAAGGACUUAUGAUGAUCACCGCAAAGGACUUCGGGAGGAACGGGCUCUACAAAAACAGCGAUAACUUUUUGAAUUAUUAAUUUUUUUUUUUGAAAUUUUCGUGAAGUCAAAUCGAAACGUGUUCUAAUAAAGCUAUGUUUUUAUUUUUGUCAAAUAAAGUAAUUAACUACAAAAAAAAAAUUAUUGAAAAUCAUCAUUUUUUCAUACCC